UGUUGCGGGGCGCCAGGUCGGAGGUUCGAGUCCCGCUUCCGCGCUCUUGCCCCAGCCGGCUCCCCGCUCUCCGCGCUGGGUUAUGGCGGGGGGCUCCGCGGCCGAGUCCCCGCACGGGCUGUUGGGCCGGGUGCGCUUCCUGCAGGAGGCGGCCCGCUGCCUCCGCGCCGCCCGCCCCCUGCCGCGGCCGCUGGCCUUCGUGCCCCUCGAAGUCCGCUACAAGCUGUGCAAGGACCCCGCGGGCCCCGGGCCCCCGCGCUGCGUGCUGCCCGUGUGGGCGGCGCCCGACCCCGCUGCUGCCGGGGCCGCUGCCAGGCGUGCCGGGCGAGGCAGCCUGGGCAGCAUCGAGGUGCAGCGCGGGGGCUGCGUGCGGGCCACGGGCGAGGAGCUGUGCAACAGUCAUGGGCUCUGGGUCAAGCUCACCAGGGAGCAGCUGGCCGAGCACAAGAGCAGCUGUGACCUCCCCGAAGGCUGGCUCCUGGCCUGCAAAAAUGCCGAGGGCGGAGACCGCCUGGUGCCCGUGGCCUCCAUCGACCGCCUGCAGAGGCAGCAGCAGCUCUUUGGAGUGGACUUCAGGCCCGUGGUCAGGUGGGAGCAAGUGGUAGACCUGAAGUACUCCCUACGCUUGGGGGCCCAGCCGAAGCCUGCAGAGGAAGACGCUGAGGCUGUGGAGAGGCUGCUGUAUGUGCCACCAACAUGGACCUAUGAGUGUGAUGAGGACCUGGUCCACUUCUUGUAUGAUCACGUGGGCAAGGAGGACGAGAAUUUGGGCAGCGUGAAGCAGUAUGUGGAGAGUAUCGAUGUGUCUUCCUACACGGAGGAAUUCAACGUGUCCUGCCUGACAGACAGCAAUGCAGACACCUACUGGGAGAGUGAUGGGUCUCAGUGCCAGCACUGGGUUCGCCUCACCAUGAAGAAGGGCACCAUCAUCAAGAAACUGCUGCUCACAGUGGAUACGACAGAUGAUAAUUUCAUGCCCAAGCGAGUUGUCGUGUAUGGGGGUGAGGGGGACAACCUGAAGAAGCUGAGUGAUGUGAGCAUUGAUGAGACCCUGAUUGGGGAUGUCUGUGUCCUGGAGGACAUGACCAUCCAUCUUCCUAUCAUUGAGAUCCGCAUUGUGGAGUGCCGAGAUGAUGGAAUCGAUGUCCGCCUUCGUGGAGUCAAGAUCAAAUCCUCCAGACAGCGAGACCUGGGGCUAAGUGCCGAUAUGUUCCAGCCUGCCAACCUGGUACGCUACCCACGCCUGGAGGGCACGGCGCCCGAAGUCCUCUACCGCCGGGCUGUGCUGCUGCAGAGGUUUAUCAAGGUCCUCGACAGCGUCCUGCACCACCUCGUCCCUGCCUGGGACUACAGUCUGGGCACCUUCAGUUACAUCAAGCAAGUCAAGCAGUUCCUGGUGCUGUCUCGCCGGCGCCCGGCCCUGGUGUCCCAGUGUCUGCGUGACUCGGAGAGCAGCAAGCCCAGCUGCAUGCCCCGCGUCUACAUCAACCGCCGGCUGGCCAUGGAGCACCGCGACUGCCCAGCCCGGGACCCCAGCUGCAAGAACGCUGUCUUCACCCAGGUGUACGAGGGCCUCAAACCGUCUGACAAAUAUGAGAAGCCUCUGGACUACAGGUGGCCUCUUCGCUAUGACCAGUGGUGGGAGUGCAAGUUCAUUGCUGAAGGCAUCAUUGACCAAGGGGGUGGUUUCCGGGACAGCCUGGCUGACAUGUCCGAGGAGCUGUGCCCUAGUUCAGCCGACACUCCUGUCCCCUUGCCUUUCUUCGUCCGCACAGCCAACCAGGGCAAUGGAACCGGUGAGGCCCGGGAUAUGUACGUCCCCAACCCUUCCUGUCGAGAGUUUGCCAAGUACAAGUGGAUCGGGCAGCUGAUGGGCGCUGCCCUCAGGGGCAAGGAGUUCUUGGUGCUGGCUCUGCCUGGCUUCGUGUGGAAGCAGCUCUCGGGGGAGGAGGUGAGCUGGAGCAAAGACUUCUCCGCUGUGGACUCCGUGCUGGUGAAGCUGCUGGAGGUGAUGGAGGUGAUGGACAAGGAGACCUUUGACUUCAAGUUUGGGCAGGAGCUGAUGUACACCACAGUGCUCAGUGACCAGCGUGUGGUGGAGCUUUUGCCUGGCGGGGCGUCCAUGGCCGUGCACUAUGAGGACCGCGGGCGCUUCAUUGAGUUGGUGCAGAAAGCCAGGCUGGAGGAGAGCAAGGAACAGGUGGCAGCCAUGCAGGCGGGGCUGCUGAAGGUGGUGCCCCAAGCGGUGUUAGACUUGCUGACCUGGCAGGAGCUAGAGAAGAAGGUGUGCGGGGACCCUGAAGUCACAGUGGAUGCCCUUCGUAAGCUGACCCGGUUUGAGGACUUUGAGCCAUCAGACACCCGUGUGCAAUAUUUCUGGGAGGCCCUCAACAGCUUCACUAAUGAGGACCGGAGCCGCUUUCUCCGCUUUGUCACUGGCCGGAGUCGCCUGCCCGCCCGCAUCUACAUCUACCCAGACAAGCUGGGCUCGGAAACAACUGAUGCUCUGCCCGAGUCUUCCACCUGCUCUAGCACCCUCUUUCUGCCCCAUUAUGUCAGUGCCAAGGUGUGUGAGGAGAAGUUGAGGUAUGCUGCCUACAACUGCGUAGCGAUUGACACGGACAUGAGUCCCUGGGAGGAGUGAGCUCCCCAGCCUGGCAGGGCCCCCAGGCA